GCGGGACACAAGUACAGGGAUAAUUGACCAGAGACCGGACACAGUACAGGGAUGACCAGAGACUGCGGACACAGUACAGGGCAUGACCAGAGACUGCGGACACAGUACAGGGUUAAUGACCAGAGUCUGCGGCACCCCGUACAGGGAGAUGACCAGAGACUGCGUCACUGUUUACAGGGAUUACCAGAGACUGCAGACACAGUACAGGGAUGACCAGAGACUGUGGAUAGUACAGGAGAUGACCAGAGACUGCGGACAGUACAGGAGAUGACCAGAGACUGCGGACACAGUUUACAGGAGAUACCAGACACUGCGAACAGUACAGAAGAUGACCAGAGACUGCGGACAGUACAGGGGAUGACAGAGACUGGACAGUACAGGGAUGACCAAGACUGCGGACACAGUACAGGGAUGACCUCAGAGACUGCGGGACAGUACAGGGAUGACCAAAUAAUUGGACACAGUACAGCGCCAUAUGACCAAGACUGCGGACAAGUACAGGAAAUGACC